UAAUCUCAUUAAGCACAUGGCCUCCAAACAUCAGAGGGAUGCUGAUGGGCAGCCUCUCACAGAACCACUCACUUGCCCCUACUGUGCCUUUUCCACACUUGCAGAAUACAAACUAAAAGCUCAUAUUGUCCGUCGUCACACUGUUGAUAAACCCUUCAAGUGUGACCAUUGCACAUAUGCAACAACAGAGAAGACAGCUUUGGCCAAGCAUAUAAGAACACACACAAAGGAGCGCCCCUAUAUCUGUGAAACUUGUGGUUUCCAUGCCUUAACACUAAGUAGCCUUUGGCGUCAUCGCCGUAGCCACACAGGUGAAAAACCCUAUGAAUGUGAACAGUGUGGCCAGCAGUAUGCAGACAGCAAGCGUCUACGAGAUCAUAUGUAUAAACAUAAUAAUGUCAAGCCAUUUAUGUGUCACAAAUGUGGCUACACUUGCAGACGAAAAGACAAUUUACAGACUCAUCUUCAAAAAAUGCACAAAUUAGAGGAUCAGAAAGGUGGUGUUGUAACAGAAUCUACAACUCCAUGUUCUGGUAAGAAGCAUGAUAACAAUGAUAGAGUUGAUGAAGGAGAUGAUAUAGUAUGCACAGUUCUAGAGUAUGGUUGUAUUUAUAUGAUUCUCAUAUAAAGAUUCCUUUUUUU